AGGCAGAGGGCAGUGAGUCACGACCGCGCCACGGCAGAGGUUGCAGUAAGCGACGUGGCACAGGUCUCAGAGUUUCUCACUCAUGGGCUUCAGCUGGGUGGGAAAGCCAAAGCGGUUUUCAAACCCGACACCACGCGCGGCCCAGUGGCUGCCGCCGCCGCGGCCUCCUCGCACCACACCCAGCAGUCAGCUGGAUUUGGUCGCUCGGCCACCACCAUAAACCUCCUUCCUCUGGCAGGCGAUUGGACCACUGUGCUCCGGUGUCUUCGCAGACCUGCAGAGGCGGUGGCGAUGCUGUCGGGCAUGGAGACGGCGGUAGGGGAAUACCAGGACUCGGAGCUGCGGUGCAGCGAAGCCCCAAGGUGGCCCCUGCCUGUGAAGAGGCUGAGCUUGCCCUCCACCAAGCCACAGCUUUCUGAAGAACAAGCUGCUGUGCUGAGGGCCGUCCUGAAAGGCCAGAGCAUCUUCUUCACUGGGAGUGCAGGAACAGGGAAGUCAUAUCUGCUGAAGCGAAUCCUGGGCUCACUGCCCCCCACAGGCACUGUGGCCACUGCCAGCACUGGGGUGGCAGCCUGCCACAUCGGGGGCACCACCCUCCAUGCCUUUGCAGGCAUCGGCUCAGGCCAGGCUCCUCUAGCCCAGUGUGUGGCCCUGGCCCAAAGGCCAGGCGUGCGGCAGGGCUGGCUGAACUGCCAGCGGUUGGUCAUUGACGAGAUCUCAAUGGUGGAGGCAGACCUGUUUGACAAACUGGAGGCCGUGGCCAGAGCUGUCCGGCAGCAGAACAAGCCAUUUGGAGGGAUCCAGCUCAUCAUCUGUGGGGACUUUCUGCAGCUGCCACCUGUGACCAAGGGCUUCCAGCCCCCACGGUUCUGCUUUCAGGCCAAGAGCUGGAAGAGGUGUGUGCCAGUGACCCUGGAGCUGACCAAGGUGUGGAGGCAGGCAGAUCAGACCUUCAUCUCUCUACUGCAGGCUGUGAGGCUGGGCAGGUGUUCAGAUGAGGUGACCCGCCAGCUCCAGGCCACAGCUUCCCACAAGGUAGGGAGAGAUGGGAUUGUGGCCACGAGGCUCUGCACCCACCAGGAUGACGUGGCCCUCACCAACGAGAGGCGGCUUCAGGAGCUGCCAGGUAAGGUACACAGAUUUGAGGCUAUGGACAGCAACCCUGAGCUGGCCAGUAUCCUGGAUGCCCAGUGUCCCGUUAGCCAGCUCCUUCAACUAAAGCUGGGGGCCCAGGUGAUGCUGGUGAAAAACUUAUCGGUGUCUCGGGGCCUGGUGAAUGGCGCCCGAGGGGUGGUAGUCGGGUUCGAGGCAGAAGGGAGAGGGCUACCCCAGGUGCGGUUCCUGUGUGGAGUCACUGAGGUCAUCCGCGCUGACCGCUGGACGGUGCAGGCCACCAGGAACCAGCUCCUCAGCCGGCAGCAGCUGCCCCUCCAGCUGGCCUGGGCGAUGUCCAUCCACAAGAGCCAAGGCAUGACCCUGGAUUGUGUGGAGAUUUCUCUGGGCCGUGUGUUUGCCAGUGGCCAGGCCUACGUGGCCCUUUCCCGGGCCCGUAGCCUGCAGGGCCUACGUGUGCUGGACUUUGACCCUGUGGCGGUUCGCUGUGACCCCCGAGUGCUGCACUUCUAUGCCACCCUGCAGCGGGGCAGGGGCCUCAGUCUGGAGUCCCCAGAUGAUGAUGAGGCAGCCUCAGACCAGGAGAACGUGGACCCAAACCUCUGAGCCUCACCUGCAAAGAGAAGACAAAGGGUGGCCUCCCUGUCCUCCUGCUCCCUAGUGGGCCAGGGCCCCAGGGAAUAACUGGAGGAGGCGGGCAGUGUCCCCUUCUGUAUUUUUUAGGGGUUCUCAGCCUCCUGGCAGGGUUAAAGGGAGAGUGCUUUAAACCCACGUACCAGCUGUGCUUCAGUUUGCCCUGGGUGAGUUGCUUCAGGGUCAGAAGUAACCCUUUCUGUGCCAGUUGAGAAAGAGCCUGUGUGGUAGCUGGUGUUAGAGGACAAAGCUCCCUGCAAGGGCUGGACACAGAGCUGCAGAGUCCUGAACAUCCCUCCUUUCGGGCUGCAGAAGGGAGCGGCAAUGAAGACAGGUGCUCUGGAAGCAGCGUCAGGGCUUUCGGAGGGGACCUGGGGGGGACUCAGGCUGGGUACAGCCUCCAAACAGAGAACGGAACUUAGGUAUGUCUCCACGGCUAGGCCCAGCCUAGCGCAGCCCAGAACAAACACCCUUCAGAGCCUAACUGAAGAACAUAAGCUGCAAAAUGUGCACCCAUAUUUUAAGCUGCUUUUUCAGGGGAUAAAUAGUGUUUGGGGACAUUGAAAUGGAUGUUCUCAGGUUGUAUUUAUUUUGGACAAAUAAACUAGAGAAUUGUGUAAAAA